AGUAAUCAACCUGAUAUUUCAUUUGCCGGCCGUCGGCGGUCAAGUUCAAUGCUCUUCUUCGUCGAAAAAACAGCAUGUGCUCCCUUGCUGAAGGACCUCCCCCUCCUGCAGACGGAUGUAUCACUGUCUGUGAAGAGAACGGAGAUUUGGUCACCAUUCAUGCCAGCAAUGCCCCUGUAAAUUACACACCAAGGAUUGCUGGUUUUGAGUACCCUAGCAUCAGCACCUCAACCGAGACCCUCUGCUCCCUGGCGACAGAUGAGGCAGCCCAGUCUGCCUUUCAACCUCAUGUUGAUGAAGUAUCGCUUUGGAAACAAGCUUGGUACACUUGCCGUGUUCAUGGUGUGACAGAGAUGCUGGACGAACUCUCUAAAAAUGACUCAGCUCCUUGGCCUAUCACUAUGCUUGCCUGUGGAUGUCGUAAUACAGUGACCUGGGCCAAUUCAUUCAGAGGCUCUCUCUAUCCUCAUUUGAUGCUCUCUCCUGAUGAGAUGAUCAACGAGUUCAGUGCAGCCAAGGACUGGGAUGAGAGUGAGAUCAGAGCCUUUGCAUGGCACCAACACACCAACAAAUGUGCUGUAGCCUGGAAAGAUAAUACUGUUAAAAUAUUCAUAUCAGGAAGUGAUGUAGUCCCAACCUUAAAGCACCGUCACCAGAGGGGCGUGUCUUGCCUUGCAUGGAAACCCUUGUCCGCCACGGUAUUGGCCGUUGGUUGCCAUGGAUGCAUUCUGAUAUGGCAUAUAGAUCCCAACUCACAAUCUACCAGGCCAACAGCCAGCGCAGCCCAGGUUCUUUCCCACAAUGGUCAUGCACCAAUAACCUGUCUGAGUUGGGACCCUAGAGGGCGUCUUUUGGUUUCGUCAUCUCCAAGUGAUACAGCAAUACUGGUUUGGGAUGUCCCCAGAGAGGCCUGUGUGUCUCUGAGGCGGGCAGGUGGAGGUGGUGUCGCCCUCUUGAGGUACUCUCCAGACAGCUCCAAGCUCUUUGCUUCUUCUCCGUCUCAAGUAUUCAGAGUUUGGGAAACCAGAACGUGGACGUGCGAGAAGUGGACGCAGUUGUCGGGUCGAUGUCAGAGCGCCUGCUGGAGUCCCGACGGUCGGUUCCUCCUCUUCUGUACAGAGAACGAGCCAGCCAUCUUCGCCCUGAACUUCAUUCACAGUGGAAGUAAAACGGGCGGGGCUGAGUCGGCCAUCAAGUGCGCCGACGUCUCAGAACUUGCUAUUGAUUGCGAUGGGCAGGAGACAAGGGUUGGUGGUUUGAUCCAGGACAUGGUAUGGGAUAAUACGGGAGAGAGAUUGGCUGUCCUCUUCAAAGGCAACCCAGAAACAGGAAAUGCUGGUGAUCUCAUAGCCCUCUUCAACACCAGGCUAACACCUACGCUGCAACUCAUUCCCAGUGGUUUUAUACGAGGCGAGCCAGGGGAGAUCCCUGAGCUGAUCUCGUUCAAGCCUAACUUCAAUCGCGGUGCCCUUCUCACAAUUUGCUGGCAUAGUGGCAAGGUGACCUUCGUCCCGCUGCUCUUCAUACCCUCAUCUACCAUGGCCGAGAAUGGAGCAAUCCCGGCCCACUUUACACAGAAGAGCACCCCACUUCCCCAAGAACUGUUCUCAGUGUCAAACUCAAAUAAGUGAAACUGAUUAGCUCGGUCGUAUGUGAUUUAGCGAGCAAUGCAAUGCUAGUCUUCCCAGAUCAAAGCCAGAGGUACUGUGUAUGGAGUAUGCAUUCUUUCAUGAUGGACAAGCGACAGAAGUCAACUGUGGCAGUCAGUGUGUCUCCACGAAGGACCAUAGGAUUUAAAACAACAUCUGCGCCAGAGUGAACUUCGUAGUUAAUAUACAUUAGGUUUGGAGGAAAACCCAAUAAAAUUGGGCAACUGAACCUGUAUAUUGCUUUAUCAUGCUGUGUACUACACUUGAAAAAUGAGGGGAAAAAAAGUUUUACCAUAUUGUACCAAAUGUUGUACCAAAACAUACUUGGGCGAUUCCAUACGUUUCGUACGGGACAUUUUGACAACAUUUUCUAGUUUCCUAGCAGAAUGCUUGGGCAAUAAAAUAUUGUUUUUUGUCAAAGAUAAAGGUAUAGUGGGUAGUCAUGUGAAAAACUAAUAACCAACACAAACAAAUUGAUUAUGGGUAAAUUAUAGGUGAAAAUGUUGUGUGUCGUACGGGACGCAGAAAUGUCCCGUACGACACGCAACAUUUUAAGCUCUAAUUCACCUAUGGACAACAUAUUUUUGUUGGUUGUCAGUUUUUUGCAUGUCUACCCAGCAGUACUUUGAUAUUACCACAAAGCAAAUUGAAGUUCUUCAUUCGUUUGGACAGCAGGUUGAAAAAUGUUGUGAAAAUGGCUGAUUUUUCUAGCAUGGAAUCGCCCACUUGAUGUCAAUGUUAUUUGCUGCAUCAUAUUGCCCCCCUCCCCAUUAAUCAUGAAAUUAAAUGUUUCCAUGACAAGCACCUUAUGUCACAAGUGUAGGUAAAUAUGGUGCGAUAUGCACCCACUUUUGAAAAAAAAAACAGAAAUUGUUACACAUGUACUGUCCUUUUAGUUAGGUACAUGUAUUUAACUAUAAUGCGAACAAGAUUUUUUUUUUAGAGUUUUGAUGCUUGAACCUGUUUCAUAAAACUUGUAAUCAAUUUACUAUUGUAAGUUAACUGAAAUCGUGAUAGUUUGAUUGGCUGAACAUAUAUUUGGCAUAGACUUUGAAAUUAUUCAUCACUCAAGGUUUUAUGUCACAAGAUCCAUGUUCGCGGUCCCAUAUCACAAAAAAUUACAUUAACGAUUCAUUGUUACCGAGUUGUAGUAUUUGAUUGCUGAAGGGGGGUUUCUUCAAACAAAUUGCUGCAUUUAUUAAUAUCUUAGAAAUGUUAUAAAAUUGGAUACAAGUUUUGUUCUUCAGGUAAUACGUAACAAGAGACAUGGGCCACAACCACUACAUUGACAAAUUUGGUUUUUGGAUUCUGUGAUUUGAAACCAUGGAUUAUGUAGACUUUGUGCAUGUAGUUACACUCAAUUAACUGCAUAUGUUAAAUGAGUCCAGGGCCCCGUCUUACAAAGAGUUACGAUCGAUCCAAUCAAUCGUAACUCUAUGGAAAUCCAUCAGUGUCAUAAUUUUUUCUACAGGAUAUUGGCAAAAUGUCCUUUGUAAACAAAGGAAAACACACCAAAUUGUCAAAAAAUCAAUGACUUUAUGGAUUUACAUUCAAAUCUAUAAUUUUUUUUUAACAAACAUGCAUUUCAUAUGUUGACUUUGCUUGCUUUCCAUAGUUGCGAUUGAUCGGAUCAAUCGUAACUCUUUGUAAGACGGGCCCCAGUUAUGUAGGAAAAGUAUGCUUUUGUGAAAGCUUGCUAAAUUCUUGGUGUUUACUGAGGUUACAGUAUUCAUAAGGCCGCUGUUCAUCUACAUGAACAUUUGGCUCAGUAUUGCAAAAACAUUGUAACAAGCAUGAAUUGAAGAUAAAGAAAAGUAGUUACAGUAAAACCAAUUUUAAAGAAAUCUAGAUCAGGGGCCCCGUCUUACGAAGAGUUGCGAUUAAUCCAAUCAAUCGCAACUAUGGAUGGCCCAGCAACGUCAACAUCUAUUAUGCAUGUUUAUUCAAAAUAUUUUCUAGCUAUGAUGUAUAUUCAUGCAUUGUUUUCUUGAAAUUUCACUGUGCUUCUUUUUGUUUACAAAGGACAUUGUGCAAAUUUCCUGUAGAAAAAGUUAUGACACUGAUGGAUUUCCAUAGAGUUACGAUUAAUUGGAUUGAUUGUAACUCUAUGUAGACGGGACCCUGGUACAGUAACAUAAACAGAACUCUAGGUAAUCAUGAAAUCUAAACUGAAAAAAUGAUAAAUACCCAUCUUGCUCAAAUUUCAUGCUUGUUUUGCUCAUUUUUCAGGAGUUAUUUCGGGUAUGUCUCGAUUUUCACUUAACAUGGGUUAUGGGAAGUGGAUGAUUCCUGAACAAGGCCUAUGGGAAUAUGAGAACAUGAGUAAUCAAAUGUAAUACAAUGCCUUUGUUUGUAUUGUCAUUGUUAUUGUUUUCAUGGUGUAUAUUUCUGUAUUUGUUCACUUUUUGUCAGAGAGACGAAAAACAUCUGUUAACUUACAUCAGUUUAUAGAUGAAUCUUUUCAAUAAAGUAAACAAUGAAAAACUUA